AUGUUAGCUAAAGAUUUAAUACGUUAUCAUCGCGAUGAAUUGUUGGACCGUUUGGCGCAUGUGUAUUACCAGGCGAGUCGAGGUUUGGAUAAGCACCUGGCAUUGUCGCGGCUUUGUGCUGCACUUAAACAGAACGGUGUAGAUGUGCAGCGACAUAUGAACAGUGUGAUGGAAGCUUGCGUUAAUUAUGCUGCUCUGGCGUACAGUUGUCCCCAGUUUUAUGGACUGGAUACCUUUCCUGAGAUGCUGGAUAACUUUUUCCAUUGCGCUCGUUCACCCUGGGGAGCCUUGGUGUUACCGCUGUAUGCCGAAGCUAUGGAGUGCACUGGCAUCCUGGAAGAAGUCCUGGACAAACUCUUCGCCGACUUGAUGGACAUCACGCUUGGAAAUCUCAAACCACAUACAAUGCAUAUGGCUAAAACGCUGAUUAACAUCCCCGUCGUUAGGGAAAAACUUGUCAACCGACCCUGGUGGCUCGUGGAUAACAGCGCACUCGCCGUAAACCCCGGAUACAUGGGCCCCGAUGGAGUCGGCUACCCCCUCGGUCAAGGCCAAGGUGGAGGCCAGAACAAGGGCGGCUUCACCUUCAUGGUAGGCACUUUCCUCGGCCGCUUGCUGACCCCCACACCGACGGACAAGGCGGUGGUCGACGAGUUGAAGCAACAUCUGCUGCCGCGGGCGGCCAUGCCAGGUGCUCAAAAGGUGAUGCAACGCGCGAAACAGGCUGUGGCCUCUCAUAUUAGCCAGGUGGUGCAACUCAUCAAGGUCCUACUUAAACACGGGGGCUUUGUGCGCGAAGCCGUCAUUCGAUGGUUCGUACACGUCCUCGAGGCCAACAAGAACCAGACCACAGUUAGCUUCCGCCACUACCAGUCACAGGCUCCCCAGCUUUCACGAGGCACCGACCUGCUGGCGUGCAUCGUGCACAAAGUUUGCACUCAGGGAUUCUCCUUCAAUGUCGCGUGGGUCAUGCUCGAACUCUGUCGACCAAUCAAAAUUGAGAAGCUGGCCGAUCUUGAUGGCGUGUUUCCAGAACUCUGCAGACUCGAGCGCGACGGAGGAGUGCUGGGACUCAGCUGCAAAGACGAAAGUAAAAUGGGUGACGUCCAGGAACUUGAAGCAGCGUGUAAGGAACUCAUUGCCGGACCAGCGGGACAGGCGUCUUCCUGGGGCUGCAAGUUUACUACUCAAAUCUUCUGGCUCACCUUCAAGGCUUCACGGUUCUUGCUUUAUCAAGCGUUCAAUGAGGCGUAUCAAAAACAAGUGCACCUACAUAAACUUGUCACCGAACAGGAUUCGAACUCGGGAGCUAAUGCUGAUACUAGCCUUGCCUACUCACAAGUACUAAUCUGGCAGACAUGCGUCCGACUAGACGAAUUCGCCUCUGCCUACCUCCACUUCAUGGACCUACUCAACGGCUUCGUCGCCAGAGCCGUCUUCUCCUACGACCACCGCGGACACAAUGCGGUCUACGAGCCAGCACAGCUGCACCCGCACCCCAUCUGCAAAGCCCUCAACCUUCCCAGAUCGCUCCAAGCACCAGCCCAAAGGUCUCCGCAGUUCAUGAACAUCCCCAUCUCCUACUUCAAUGACGCUUAUGACGCCUUCUCGCGCUAUGUCUCGCUCAACAUGAGUCCCAUGCUAGUCAACCAAAAUAGUGCGGUUGUGGACAACGCAUUUGGUUCUACCAAUUGCGAGCUUUUUGCUAUUGUGCUAUUGUUCACGUUAGCGGGUCCAGAGGACUUUAUUAGGGCUGCUCCACUAAGGCUAGAGGUGGGUGGCAGAUGCCUUGCCCAGUUGACCGAUCGGCUUAGGGACCGAUUUGGCCAGACCUACACCGCUCAGAUCCAUUUGGCAGCUGCUCUAUGCAUGGCAUUUGUUCACGCACAAAAAUUAAGUUAUUAUACGAGGAUUGAUAUGAGGCUUGUGUUGACAAGAGAGUUGGAAAUACUAUUAAAUCGUCCAUCGUUUUCGGAUCAGUUGUUUGAUUUGAGUCAGGAGGACUCUGAGUUAUACGAGCGGUUCUUGCACUACUUUGGUUCCAAUACAUCGUAUGUUCUGGAAGAGGCUUUGACGUUGCUGACUGAGAUUAAGGCGCGCGAGGGAAAGCCGGAAGAGCCUGAGCCGCAGGUGCAGUUGGAUGCCAAUGGGUUGCCCAUUGGGGAAGAGGAGGAGGAGCGAGAAUUUAAUCAGCAGACGGAGAGAAUGGCUCAAGAGAUUGAGGGAACGCGGAACGUGGAGGAGCUGAGCUUCUCCCAGCUGUCAAGUCAAUGUCAGAGUUUAAUGGAUGCCGGUUCAGCGUCGCUGAACGCGUUCAGCAGGCUGGACAGCAGGGCUUUUGAUUUUAUCCGCAAGUCGGACGCACUAAUCAACCCCACUGUCUGCUGCCUUAAUGGCUGUCUGAACUCUCUGGUGGGGCCAAAGUGCAUGGCACUGAAGGUAUCAAGUUUCGAGAAAUAUAAAUUUAGACCUAGACAAUUCCUGGCCGACCUUAUCGAGAUUUACGUAAAACUGACGGGGCUUCCGAACCUCUCUAAGACGCCGGGUCAGGCCCCCACACCUAGUCAAGCUACGUCUAGUCAAAGCGCCACUUUAGAUUCCGCGGAAUCGAUCACAAGUGACAAUUUAGUACUGUUGAUAAAGGCAAUCAAAAGCGACGGUCGGUACUACGACCAGAAGACAUUUGAGAAGGCGGUACGGAUCACUCGGCGGGAAGGGUUAGCAAGCGGCCCCAAUCUAGCCCGGUUCCAACAGCUGGUAGACGCGCUUGGAGGUGAUAACCCUAACGACGACUUCUUGGAGGAGUUAGUUAUGUCUGGUGAGGUCCCGGAGGAAUAUAUCGACCCUCUCAUGAGCGAUGUGAUGAUGGAUCCGGUCCAGUUGCCCACUUCCGGAGUUGUUGUAGAGCGUAAAGUCAUUGAACGUCAUCUCCUUAAUGAUCGGUUCGACCCCUUCAACAGGGCGCCCCUUGAAAAAAGUCAACUUGUGCCACAGCCAGAAUUGCGAGAUAAAAUUCAGCAGUUCAUCAAACAGGCUGUUGAAAAGAAAGCAGCCGACAAGACGACUAUGACGGCCGUCCCCUAG